GCCUGGAGGAGUCGCCGCCAUGCACGACGCCUUUGAGCAUGUGCCGAUCCUGGAGAAGCUGCCGCUGCAGAUCGACUGCCUGGCGGCCUGGGAGGAAUGGCUCCUUGUUGGUACCAAACAAGGGCAUCUUCUGCUUUACAGGAUCAAGAAAGACAUAGGAGAGGUUAUGUCAUCAGAAAGUGUCUGUUGCAAUAGGUUUGAAGUGACACUAGAGAAAUCCAACAAGAACUUCUCAAAAAAGAUUCAGCAGAUUCAUGUUGUUUCUCAGUUUAAAAUUCUGGUCAGUCUAUUAGAAAAUAACAUUUAUGUCCAUGACCUGUUGACAUUUCAACAAAUCACCACUGUUUCCAAGGCAAAAGGUGCGUCUCUCUUCACUUGUGAUCUUCAGCAGUCAGAUACAGGGGAAGAGGUGCUGAGAAUGUGUGUGGCAGUGCGGAAGAAACUACAGCUUUAUUUUUGGAAGGACAGAGAGUUCCAUGAACUACAGGGGGACUUCAGUGUACCUGAUGUACCCAAGUCCAUGGCCUGGUGUGAAAACUCCAUCUGUGUAGGCUUUAAGAGGGACUAUUACCUAAUACGGGUGGAUGGAAAAGGAUCCAUCAAAGAACUGUUUCCCACAGGGAAGCAGCUGGAACCAUUGGUAGCUCCUGUAGCAGAUGGAAAAGUUGCAGUUGGCCAAGAUGAUCUAACAGUUGUGCUCAAUGAAGAAGGGGUCUGUACUCAGAAAUGUGCCUUGAAUUGGACAGAUAUUCCUAUAGCCAUGGAACACCAGCCUCCCUACAUCAUUGCUGUUUUGCCGAGGUAUGUGGAGAUCCGUACUUUUGAGCCCCGGCUGCUGGUACAGAGUAUUGAGCUGCAGAGACCACGCUUCAUCACCUCUGGAGGCACAAAUAUUAUAUAUGUGGCAAGUAAUCACUUCGUUUGGCGGCUUAUUCCAGUGUCCAUAGCCACACAGAUCCAGCAGCUUCUGCAGGACAAGCAAUUUGAGUUGGCUUUGCAGUUAGCAGAAAUGAAGGAUGAUUCAGAUAGUGAGAAGCGACAACAAAUUCACCACAUAAAGAACCUCUUUGCCUUCAACCUUUUCUGCCAGAAGCGCUUUGAUGAAUCCAUGCAAGUUUUUGCCAAGCUUGGUACAGAUCCCACUCAUGUGAUGGGUCUGUAUCCUGAUCUCCUGCCCACAGAUUACAGGAAACAGCUACAGUAUCCCAACCCACUGCCAGGGCUCUCAGGGGCAGAGCUGGAGAAGGCACAUUUAGCUCUGAUAGACUACCUAACUCAGAAGAGAAGUCAGCUGGUAAAGAAGCUAAAUGAUUCUGACCAUCAGUCUAGUACCUCACCCCUCAUGGAAGGAACACCCACUAUCAAAUCCAAAAAGAAGCUGUUACAAAUCAUUGAUACCACCUUGUUAAAGUGUUACCUCCAUACAAAUGUAGCACUGGUGGCACCACUGCUGCGUCUGGAAAACAAUCACUGCCAUAUUGAAGAGAGUGAGCACGUACUAAAGAAGGCACACAAAUAUAGUGAGCUGAUAAUACUAUAUGAGAAGAAGGGUCUGCAUGAGAAAGCAUUACAGGUACUGGUGGAUCAAUCAAAGAAAGCCAACUCACCUUUGAAGGGUCAUGAGAGGACAGUGCAGUAUCUGCAGCAUUUGGGCACAGAGAAUUUGCACUUGGUAUUUUCCUACUCUGUCUGGGUGCUAAGAGAUUUUCCUGAAGAUGGACUGAAAAUAUUUACAGAAGACCUCCCUGAAGUGGAAGCUUUGCCACGAGACAAAGUGCUCAGUUUCUUGAUAGAAAAUUUCAAAAGCUUGACUAUUCCUUAUCUGGAGCACAUCAUUCAUGUCUGGGAAGAAACUGGUGCAGACUUCCAUAACUGUCUGAUCCAGCUGUACUGUGAAAAAGUGCAGGCCUUGAUGAAAGAAUAUCUAAAUUCUUUCCCUCCAGAUAAAACACCAGUGCCUGCUGGGGAGGAAGGAGGAGACUUGGGGGAUUACCGGAAAAAGCUUCUACUUUUUCUGGAGAAGUCUAGCUGGUAUGAGCCAAGCAGACUAAUCAGUGACUUCCCCUUUGAUGGUCUCCUAGAAGAACGUGCUCUGCUCUUGGGUCGUAUGGGGAAGCAUGAGCAAGCUCUGUUUAUUUAUGUUCAUAUUUUGAAGGACACCAACAUGGCUGAAAACUACUGCCAUAAACAUUAUGACAGAAACAAAGAUGGCAACAAAGAUGUCUACCUGUCAUUGCUCCGGAUGUAUCUCUCCCCACCUAGUGUUCACUGCCUGGGACCAAUCAAGAUGGAAGUGCUAGAACCUCAAGCCAAUCUGCAGGCUGCUCUGCAGGUUUUGGAACUGCAUCACAGCAAACUGGAUACCACCAAGGCAAUAAACCUGCUCCCAGCAAAUACACAGAUAAGUGAGAUUCGAAUCUUCUUAGAGAAAGUCCUUGAAGAAAAUGCUCAGAAGAAAAGAUUUAAUCAAGUACUCAAGAAUCUUCUCCAUUCAGAGUUUCUGAGGGUCCAGGAGGAGAGGAUCUUGCAUCAGCAAGUGAAGUGCAUUAUUACCGAGGAGAAGGUGUGCACUGUAUGUAAAAAGAAGAUAGGUAACAGUGCAUUUGCUCGAUACCCAAAUGCAAAAGUUGUGCAUUAUUUCUGCUCCAAAGAAGUCAACACAUUGGAUACCUGACUUUGUUAUGGUCCCAACAUUCAUAUGAAACUCGGAACUGAUGACUUCAGAAGUUGAUGCCUCUUGAGAUUUUUUUUUUUUUUUGAGGCUUGUUGCUAGGCUCUUUUACACUGGGUAGAAGUCAUUUGUAUCUGUGAACUGACUGUACCAGCUGGCAAUAUUGAUUUACUAGAAAAUGACUUUACCCAUGUUAUUAUAGCGCUGACAACUACAGUGAACCUCUCAGUACUCAGAUGAAGAAUAGAAACUGAUUUUUGUAGUGAGUUUUGUAUUGCACUCCAACCUUGUGGAUGAAUUGUUAGACAACUGUUGGGCAUUCAGCACAAGUCAAGUUUUACUGCAAAACUUACUUCCUUAGGGUGACAGUGUUUGUGAUUUGGCCUUGAAUGUAAAUAGUUUUUCAAAAAAAAGGAAAUUCCUUUAAAGUCUUCGCAGCUGUAUCAGUGUUGCAUGGAGAUCACAAGGAGUUUGGCAUAGAGGAGACUUCUUUGCCUAUAUCAAGACCUAGAAAAUAAAAUUUUACUUUCAUCUCA